UCAUCACCAGACCCUUCACUUUGUUCCCACUCCAUUCUAGGGUUUCAGAAACUUUCAGUACUAGAUGAAGUUCGGCAAGAAGCUGAAGCACCAAAUACAGGAGUCGUUGCCGGGCUGGCGGGACAAGUUCUUGUCAUACAAUGACUUGAAGAAGCUUGUGAGGCUGAUUUCUUCUUCUCCGGUGGUGUUGAAUGGGAAUUCUGGUAAGGUGGAGGCGGAGUUUGUGUACCUGUUGAACAAUGAGAUCGACAAGUUCAAUGCCUUCUUCAUGGAGCAGGAGGAGAACUUCAUUAUCCGGAACGAGGAAUUGCAGCAGAGAAUAAAAAAGGUAACUGAUACAUGGGAACCCAAUGGUAGUCAGCCUUCGAACACUAUAUAUGAAGAUGAAGUGGGGCAGCUUAGAAAAGACAUUGUUGAUUUCCACGGCGAAAUGGUGCUCUUGGUCAACUAUAGCAACAUCAAUUACACAGGAUUGGCCAAAAUACUGAAGAAGUAUGACAAGAGAACAGGAUCUCUGCUGCGCUUGCCAUUUAUCCAAAAAAUACUAGAGCAGCCCUUCCUCACCACUGAUCUGAUCUCAAAGCUUGUGAAGGAAUGUGAAAGCACCAUUAAUGCAGUGUUUCCGGUGGAGGAAGAAGAGGAGAGGAAAAGAGAAGUAAAGGAAGCGAUAACAGUUGCCGGGGAAGGAAUAUUUAGAAACACAGUUGCCGCUCUAUUGACAAUGCAAGAAAUCAGAAAAGGAAGCUCUACUUACAGUCAGUAUUCUCUACCACCAAUCAACUUGCCUGUAGACUCGGAUCUCAUCCAGUUAGUUCAACUCAACCCUCCCACAGCAAUAUUCUAGUGAGAGCUAGUAGCUAGCUAGAGUUAAGCAGACAGAUUGGAGAUAGCUUCAUAUAUACAGGAUAGCACAGGAACUGGAAAAUGAUCACACGAUUCUUAUGUAUUCCUCUCGGAUCAAGAACAUGCAUGCUACAGAUUAGAGUCAUGUAUCUUAUCAUAUACGGUACUGCGUAGCAAAUUACUGAUUAGUAUUUUUGUUUUAUCAAGAUCAGGAAUUACUUACAGUAAUAUUGGUAAAGAAUCUGUGUGGUUCUGUAAAAUAUGCAUGUUUAUUAUAGCAA